GUUAAAGAAUGCGGCGUUGCAGCCGCCGGUGUCCUGCAGCGCCCCCUCUGGCCCGAUGACGCCACUGCAGACCACGCCUUCAGUUAAAGAGCGAGCUGCUCGCAGGAGGAAGGAGAAGCAGGACGACGACCAGCUCAUCAUCGAUGCGGGUCAGAAGCAGUUCGGAGCGGUGACCUGCAGCUCCUGUGGGAUGGUCUACAGCGCAGACAACCCAGAGGACCAGUUCCAGCACAACCAGUUCCACCAGCGCUUCCUGGAAUCCAUCAGAUUUGUGGGCUGGAAGAAGGAGCGGGUGGUGGCCGAGUUCUGGGAUGGAAAAAUCCUCCUCGUCAUGCCGGAUGAUCCCAAAUACGCCAUUAAAAAGGCUGAGGACGUGCGGCGGGUAGCCGACAGCGAGUUGGGUUUCCAGCAGGUGACCCUGAGCAGACCCACGCAGGCCAAGACCUACCUGUUCAUCAGCUCAGACCGCCUGGUGGUGGGCUGCCUGGUGGCGGAGCCCGUACGCCAGGCGUACCGAGUCCUGGAGCAGCCGGACCGCCACAAAGACAUGACGAAGGACGACUUCAUGGAGCGCCACCGGGCCUGGUGCUGCUCCACGGUCCCAGAACCGGCCGUGUGUGGGAUCAGUCGGAUCUGGGUCUUCAGCCUGGCCCGACGCCAGGGCAUCGCCACGCGCAUGCUGGACACCGUCAGGAGCACCUUCACGUACGGCAGCCAUCUUACGAAGGAGGAGAUCGCCUUCUCCGACCCAACACCUGACGGGAAACUGUUCGCCACGAAGUACUCCGGCACGCCCACGUUCCUGGUUUACAACUUCGUAGCGUGAAGUAAAAUCAAAUCUGUUUUAACUGAUGAUUUGGAAAUAUCAAUAACAUCUUUAACGUCUUUCAUAUGCAAAGCAACACGUUCAGUUAUAUGAGUUUGACUCCGCUUUAGUUCUUGUUGAAUAUGUAAAAUACGUCCUGUGUUCAGGGUUCUGAAGAGUUUUUAACCCUUGUGUUGUCCUUCAGGUCCCGGAGACCCUCCUGUAUUCAGGCUUGCAUCUCUGCUACUGUGGCCUCGUCCUCCGGGGUCCCUGGGACCCGUCCUGCACUCGAACGCAUAUCCCAAUACCCUUAUCUGGCCUUUUAGGGUCCAGAGACCCGUCCCACACUCAGACUUGUAUCCUUAUACCCUUAUCUCGUCCUCCGGGGUCCCAGGGACCCGUCCCCCACUACACUUAUCUGGCCUUUUAGGGUCCAGAGACCCGUCCCACACUCAGACUUGUAUCCUUAUACUCUUAUCUCGUCCUCCGGGGUCCCAGGGACCCGUCCCCCACUCGAACACGUAUCCCAAUACACUUAUCUGGCCUUUUAGGGUCCAGAGACCCGUCCCACACUCAGACUUGUAUCCUUAUACCCUUAUCUCGUCCUCCGGGGUCCCAGGGACCCGUCCCCCACUCAGACUUGUAUCCUUAUACCCUCAUCUCGUCCUCCGGGGUCCCAGGGACCCGUCCUGCACCUGAACGUGUAUCCCAAUAGCCUCAUCUUGUCCUCCGGGGUCCCAAAGACCCGUCCCCGACUCGAACACGUAUCCCAAAACACUUAUCUGGCCUUUUAGGGUCCAGAGACCCGUCCCACACUCAUACUUGUAUCCUUAUACCCUUAUCUCGUCCUCCGGGGUCCCUGGGACCCGUCCCCCACUCGAACACGUAUCCCAAUAGCCUUAUCUGGUCUUUUAGGGUCCAGAGACCCGUCCCCCACUCGAACCCCAAUAGUCUCAUCUCGUCCUCUGGGGUCUCAGAGACCCGUCCCCCACUCAAACGCGUAUCCCAAUAGCCUUAUCUGGUCUUUUAUGGUCCAGAGACCCGUCCCCCACUCGAACUUGUAUCCUAAUAGCCUCAUCUGGUCUUCCGGGGUCCCAGUGCAGGAUUAGUGGAACAUACGUGUAAUCGUGUACGUGUACAGGGUCUCCGGGAUCUGCAGUGCGCGGCCACGACGGCAGUGGACAUGAAAUGAAAAAGGCCCCGGGGCCCCGAAGGACAACCCAAGGUUAAAGUGUCCCCGGUCGUCUCUCCGUAUUUAUAUUCAGUCCUGAUUCACUGUUGACUGUGUGGAUAUCGGCAGGACUCGAGAUGUUAAUAUUCUGCUUAAUAAGGAGCAACAAAUGAGAAUAUUUCCCAUUUUUGCAUUAAAUAAAAACAGUCUCCAUUUUGAUAUGUUCAGAGGAUUUUUUUCGUCUUGAUAUAGAAGUUUUAAAUGUUAUUUUGAAGGGAAUUAUUUUUUUUUUAGACCCUAUGCGAUGCCUUAUCUGUUCUAAGGGCAUUCUGCUUUGUAAAUACUUUCAAUAAACCUUUGUUUUUUAUGAUCUUAAACCUGUUUCUUUGAAGUGUUUC